UUUUAAUUUUUAACAGACAGUCAGAUAAAUGUAAAACACCGUGAUGCCGUUAACUGAUGUUAAAAGACUUCCAGAACAAUAUAAAUAAUUACGGGGUAUUUAGCUCGAUUUGCCGAGUGAAAAUCUAUAAAUUUGGCGGGAAUAUAGGUGGCACUCCGCAUUAACAAUAAAUAAAAACAUGAGAUAUUUCUGAUCGAUAUCUCGAAAAGUUCUAUAAAGUUAGCUAAGGCCAAUAAUGCCUAUUCAAACCAAUUAUUUCUCACAUUCGGACGACGAAGAAGCAACGUGGUUAGGUGAAGGGGAAAUUAAAGACAGAAGAAGAGUGUCAGAGAAACAUUUUAGUGGAGUAGAGUUUAAGAAUGAAGGUUAUUCUAUAGGUGAUUAUAUUCUAGUAGCAAGUACUGACGACGAUGAUCCUGAUACAGCUUAUAUCGCACAGAUUAAACAACUUUAUGAAAAGGGCAAUGCUACCAAACAUAGAAAAGUUUCCAGAUUAGCCAGUGUCCAAUGGUACUGGAGAGCAACGGAACUUCCACCAAAAAUUUAUGAUAAAGUUGCGAGUGAAGAUGGAGUUCCUGAUAGUCGUGAAGUUUUUCUAGUUUCUGAUCGAAGUGUUGAUAAUGACGUGGAAAUUACAAGUAUUAUAGGAAAAUGCUUGGUUGAAAAAUGUGAUUAUUUACCAGAUGUUUUAUCAACGUGUAAUAAAAAAAAUAAACAAUUGACUACUUAUUAUGUUCGAAGGAAAAUCAUCGGUUCUAGUAUUCAGCCUAUAAUGGAGGACGAUGACGAAGAUAGCAAUCUGGGCAGUGGUGUAGUUAAAACGCCAUCUCGAUCAAAAACCCCAUUAAAACAAAAUGGACACUCAAACAAUACUCCGUCAAUUAUCAGUGAUGCCAGUAGUAGUGUCGAUAAAUUUUGGAAAGAAUCAACUCGUGUUAUACCAAUUAAUAAAAUAAAAUCGACUCCUAAUGGACAAAUUACACGCGGGAUUAGAACGCCACGACGAGAAAAAACAAAAGUGGAAGUAGACAAUAAUAGUGUUUGUAAAGAAAAUUUCAAAGUUCAGCCGAUAAAUCGAACAAAUAAAUCAAAAUCUAAACCCAUGGUAGAGAAUUUAAAGGCGAAUGAAAGAGUUACCCCCAUUAUUAUUCGAGGAGCUUCAACUAAAAAUGCUGUGGCAGUUAAAAGAACAGACGUCGGAGCUUCUCCUGUACAGAUAUCAAAAUCUAAGAAAGAUCAAGACAAGAAAAUAGAUCUGAAAAGUCCUCAACGUGGUAAUCUCAAGUUCAAGAAAGAUGACGUUGUAGAUUUCUUUAUGUCUGAUGGCGCCAGCGACGAUGAAAGUGUGUCCAUCAAAUCGGAAUGUUCAACGUCCACAACACGAAGUAGAAAAUCAGUUCGGAAAAAUGUUAGUGAAAAAAAUCAAAACAAGGAAGAUUCUGGGAGCAAUGACUCCAAAAUUGUAAAACGUUCUAGACGUUCGGUGGCAGCACCAGUAAUAGACAAAUGUGCUACGCCAACUCGGUCAAGACGGAAAAAUAAUGACAACGAUACUUACAACGGAUCCCCUACAAAAAUAUGUCGGACCGAACCAAGACCGAAAACUAAACCCCUAGAGCAAGUUGUGUCGAGUCCGUCUCGAAAUAAUAAUAAACGACCAUUAACAGGGAGUCGAACAGCUAAAGCUAAAAUAGUCCCGUCUGUUGUUGUUAAAAGAUUAUCAGCCGAUAAUUAUACUUCUAUCAGAAAUAAAACACCAGAACCAACGCAUAAUCCUGUCAGACGACAACUAAAAGAAACGUUUGAAAAGGAAAAGGCAAAAUCAAAGAAGAAAAAGGAAGUAGUUAUUGAUAAAGAAUCAAAGAGUGUCAGGAAUCAGCCCAGGAGAAGUGUUAAAGAUCCUACAAAGAAAUUAUUAGAUUGGAGUAUUGAUGAAGGACAAUUUGAUAAUUUUGAACCUGAUAAAGAAUCGGAGUCUUCAGAUUCAUCAGAAUGUGAAUCAGUUCCUGAAAUUAAAACUCCGGCCAGACGGUCGAAGAAAACAACUGCUAAAAGUACAAGUAAAUCAAAGACAAAAACUCCUAAACGUAGUAAGUCUGUAUUGGGUCAUGCAACACCAACAAUUCCUCGUCGUAGUCAACCAUUAUUUUCACCAACAAGUGCUUUAGAAGAAGCAAGAGCAAGAUUACAUGUAUCAGCAGUACCAGAUAGUCUACCAUGUAGAGAGAAAGAAUUCUCUGAUAUUUAUACCUUUGUAGAAAGUAAACUGUAUGAUGGUACUGGAGGAUGUAUGUAUAUAUCUGGUGUACCUGGAACAGGUAAAACAGCAACCGUACAUGAAGUUAUUCGUACAUUAGAAACAGCAUGUCAAGAAGAAGAUCUACCUAAUUUUAGAUAUUUAGAAAUAAAUGGUAUGAAACUUACAGAACCAAGACAAACUUAUGUACAACUAUUAAAAGAAUUAACUGGACAGAAAGCGACACCAGAUCACGCUGCUGAAUUAUUAAAUAAAAGAUUCUGUACAGCUGGACCGAGAAGAGAAACAGUUGUUUUAUUAGUCGAUGAGCUUGAUUUAUUAUGGACCCGUAAACAGGAUGUGAUGUAUAAUAUAUUUGAUUGGCCAACUAAACAACAUGCUAAAUUAGUUAUACUAGCUGUAGCUAAUACUAUGGAUCUACCAGAACGUAUCAUGAUGAAACGAGUCUCUAGUAGAUUGGGUUUAACAAGAAUGACAUUUCAACCGUAUACAUUUCGUCAGUUAGAAGAUAUCGUGACAUCUAGAAUGAAAGGAUUAAAUGUGUUUGAUGAUGAUGCUCUUCAACUAGCUGCUAGGAAAGUAGCAGCUGUAUCAGGGGAUGCUAGAAGAGCCUUAGAUAUCUGUCGUAGAUCAACAGAAAUAGCCGAGUCCAGUCAUAAAGGAAAGGGAGAUAUUCUCGUAGGCAUGUUACAUGUGAAUUCAGCUUUAGAAGAAAUGUUUUCUUCCCCGAAAAUAGUUGCAAUAAGGAAUUUAUCAUCUCAAGAACAGUUAUUUUUAAAAGCGACAGUAGCAGAAUUUCAGCGAUCAGGUGUUGAAGAAGCUGAAUUUUCAAAAUUAUUCUCACAGCAUUUAUCAUUAUGUAGAUUUGAAAGUAUUCAACCACCUACUACCUCCGAAUUAGCUGGCAUGUGUUCCCGUCUGGGUAGUAUGAGACUACUAUUAGUUGAACAUGGUCGUCAAGACUUACAUAUGAGAGUUAGGUUAAAUAUUAGUCAAGAUGAUGUUUUAUACGCAUUAAGAGAUUCAGAAUAUAGCUGACAGUCGUGAAACAUAGAGAAACAUUUAAAUAAUUUUCUAGGUACAAGGCCAUGAAGUAUGUUUUUUCUCAGCUGAGUUUUACUUAAAUUCCAUAGCUUAAUGCAUAAUGCUAGGUUCCAACUGUGGUAUCGUUUAAAACGAGGGUUUUAGCGCUAGAAAUUAUACAUAUAGUUUACUUUCAAAACAUCAUUGGAUAAUUUCUAGCGCUAAAACCCCCAUUUUAAAUGAUACCAUUGUUACGAUAGGAAUGUCCCCAUUGAGUCCAUCAUCCGGUACUUGUGGAUACGAUCAACGUAAUUGCUAUGACUGACCUCAAUAGAUGAAGAGUCCAGGGGAAGAACGAUCUAAGUCACAUUUUUGUCUUUUCGCAUAAAAGGCAAAACAGACUUUUGGACAAGAAUGCUUGACGUGAACAGAACAACGAGUGUAUCUAGCACUAAUUUCUUUCACAUUCAUUCAAUAUCAAAUCUUUGUUUAAAAAUUUGUAAAAAUCGUUUAAAAACACCAUAAAUCAAUUUAUAAGUGUUUAAUUUUUCAAACACUGUUAAAAAAUAAACAGCCCAAUUGAAUAUUGAUGUAUAAUGAUCAAUUUUUGAACAGUGGUCAGGAAAUUAAAUACUUGUAAAAAAUUGGACACUCAUCAAAAUUAAUCAGUCAGCUUUAAACUGGACACAGGUACAAAUUAGAUGAUUUUUGGCGAUUUUAAAUGAUUUUUACAAAUUUUUAAACAAAGAUUUGAUAUUAAAUGAAUGUAAAAGAAAUUAGUGCUAGAUACACAAGAUUAAAUGAUACCUGGGUUACAGUGUAAAUUGAUGGAGCUUUUAUUCACGGAUAUUCACUGUUUGACACGACUUCAACACAGUAAAAAAAAUAUGUUAACUCUUAUAUUUUAUACUAGGGCGAUUUACAAAUUCGACCCAUCUCAUGCUGAGUUAAAUAAAAGUUUUAUGAUCCCAAGGCCUAAAUGUUGUGAAUGAAUGAUGGUUGUAUGAAAUUGUCUAAAUUCUUAAUUAAAUGGCAUUCUUGUAUAUAUAUAAUAAUCAUGGUCAGUAAAUACCCAUUUUCCGUCUGGUCUAGUUUUUGUGCAUGAGUCUGAAAUAAAUUAUCAAUGUCAAUUAUUUAAAAGUAAAUCGAUUAUCGAUUAUGUGAAAAUAAAUCGAUUGUCAAUUAUGUAAAAGUGAUUCGGUUGUCAAUUAUUUAAAAGUGAGUCGAUUAUCAAUUAUUUAAAAGUGAAUCGAUUAUCAAUUAAUUAAAAGUAAAUCGAUUGUCAAUUUAAAAGUAAAUCGAUUGUCGUCAAUUAUUUAAAAGUGAAUCGAUUGUCAAUUAUUUAGAAGUAAAUUGUUUAGCAAUUAUUUAAAAGUAAAUCGAUUGUCAAUUAUUAAAAGUGAUUUGAUUGUCAAUUAUGUAAAAGUGAAUCAAUUGUCAUUCAUGUUUAAGUGAAUUGAUUGUCCAUUAUUUAAAGGUGAUUCAAAUGUCAAUUAUGUAAAAGUGAUUCGAUUGUCAAUUAUGUGAAAGUGAUUUGAUUGUCAAUUAUGUGAAAGUGAAUCAAUUGUCAGUUAUUCAACAGUAAAUCAAUUGUCAUUCAUGUUUAAGUGAAUCAAUUGUCCAUUAUAUGUAAGUACAUCACAUCUUGUACAUAAUAUAUUUUCUGAAAUAU